AUGGCGACCACGGCCUCGUUAAAGGUUAUCAUCAUCGGAGCUGGGACGACCGGACUCCUUCUUGCCCAAGGGCUCAAGCAGCUAGGCAUUGAGUAUCAUAUCUUCGAACGGGAGGAUGCCUCAACCUACAAGACCCGGCCCCGGGAAUGGGGGAUGACGCUGCACUGGGGAACAGAAUACAUAUCGAAAUGCAUCCCGCCCCAUCUCAUGGCGCGGCUCCAAGAAAUCUGCUGUGAUCCUUACUACAAUGGCCAGGACGAGGCCAUACCGCAUCAUAACGGCGAGACCGGCGAGCUCUUGUUUGCCAUGCCCAAGAAAAUCACCACUAUCACGAAAAGUCCAGACGGCCGCGGUGUGACUGCGGGUUUUGAAGACGGCAGUUCGGUCUCUGGGGAUCUCGUGGUCGGUUGUGACGGUGCCAAAUCCACUGUUAGAGAGCUGCUGGUCGGAAAAGAGGCCGCACAGGUUGUUUCGACUGACAUCCACAUGUUCAAUUUCACCUGCUCGUACAGCGCAGAGACCGCCCGAUUUCUCCGGAUGCGGCACCCGAUCCUGAAGAACAGCUACCAUCCCGACAUCAACACCAUGUUCCUGCUCACCAUCCAGGAUGUGCCAUCGCCAUCCGCGCCGGAAACCUGGAAGUACCAGCUGUUCAUGUCAUGGUCGGGUUCGCCCCGCCCGGAGGAUUUCCCGGACCAGGCCUCGCGCACGGCGUUUUUCAAAUCUCGCGCUGAACACUGGGCGGAGCCCUGGCGGACCGCUGCCCGCGAAGUGCCCGACGACAUUACCUUCCCGACGGAUCGCUGCAGCAUAUGGACGCCGUCGUCGAGCUGGUCGGAAGCUCCCUUGGCGGGCGUGGUGACGAUCGCCGGCGACGCCGCGCAUCCGAUGGCGCCGCAUCGCGGGCAGGGACUGAAACGCCCUCCAAGACGCGACGCAGCUGGUCGAGCAGCUGAAAGCUGUAGCGGCGGGGGAAAAGACGCUGGCUGA